GGUUUCGGAUCUGCGCCCGCGCAGCAGUCCUCCUUCGGUGGUUGUUUCAUGGGGGCAGUCAUCGGCCUGCCGCUACUGCGAUUUAACAAUAUUAUUCAGGCCGAGCCCUCAGUGCCGUUUUUCCGAAUCCGACGGAGGCCGGAGUUUCGUUACCCGACAACCCUUCGGCCAGGGAAGAGUUCGCCCGAAUUCACCUCGGAUUUCAUCCCCUGUACGCGGGGCUAUGACGCACUACUUGUAAAACGUCGACGACGUGCGCGGAGGCGGCGAGACACGCGCAAUUUAUCCAAGGAAACCCGGACGAGUGACGAUAAAGAUGAUUAAUUGACGUGAAAGAAAUUUUUCAUAAAGAAAGAAGAAAAUGACACGAAUCAGUUCGAUAUUCUUACUUACCUCGGGCGUUUUUGUCCUCACUUUGAUCAGAGAAUCGAAACCCGUCAGCUGGGAGGAGUGGUGGACUUACGACGGGAUUUCAGGUCCGGCGUUCUGGGGUCUGAUAAACCCCGAGUGGUCUCUCUGCAACAAGGGGCGAAGACAAUCACCGGUGAACCUCGAGCCUGCGAGGCUGCUUUUCGACCCGAACCUGCGGUCCCUGCAUUUGGACAAGCACAGAAUCGGCGGGAUCCUGGCGAACACGGGUCACAGCGUCGUGUUCGCGGUCGAUAACGACACUCGUCACCCGGUAAACAUUUCCGGCGGUCCGCUCAGCUACCGCUACCAAUUCCACGAGAUUCACCUGCACUACGGGCUCCACGAUCGAACCGGCAGCGAGCACACCGUCGAUGGAUAUGCCUUUCCAGCCGAGAUUCAGAUUUUCGGAUUCAACUCGCAGCUUUACAACAACUUCUCCGACGCACUUCACAGGGCUCAGGGGAUCGUCGCCGUUUCUUUGCUACUCCAGCUUGGCGAUCUCUCGAACCCCGAGUUAAGAAUAUUCACGGAGCAACUCGACAAAAUUAAAUACGGAGGCGAAGCGACGGAAAUUAAACGGCUGGCUGUACGGGGGCUUCUGCCAGGCACCGAACACUACAUGACCUACGAUGGAUCGACCACUAUGCCAGCCUGUCACGAGACUACGACUUGGAUCAUAUUAAACAAGCCAAUAUACAUCACGAAGCAACAGCUGCACGCGCUCAGGAAAUUGAUGCAAGGGGACCAGAAACGCCCGAAGGCGCCACUGGGAAACAACUUUCGACCUCCUCAGCCUCUGCAUCACCGUCCCGUACGAACGAACAUCGACUUUAACGUCCAGGGUGCCAAAAACUGCCCGACGAUGUACAGAGAUAUUUACUACAAAGCCAACAGUUGGAAGCAGCCCUGAACAGUACGGAUUUCCGCUCUUCAGUCAAGCCGACGAGCAUCGACAGAUCUGCAAUUUCUUGAUAUUCGCAUGAAGAUUGAAGAGGGCAUGCAGUAAGCCGGAAUUGCGUUACUUCGUACAUAUAUCAAUCAUAGACAUGUAAGGAAAUUCAACGGGAGACGAAAAAACUAAAACAAAAAAAGAAUAAGAAAACUUCACAUAUCAUCGGCGCAUGUGUGUGUGUGUGUGUGUGUAUGCCGCGAAUAUUGAAAAAAUAAUAACGAAAAAGCAACAGAGACAAAACAUUUUGUUACAGACUGUACAAUAUAUAUACGCAUAUAUAUAAUAUGUAUGAAAUAUUAAUAAUUAUGCGGUCUCUCCGUCUUUACGCAUCGCACUACGAAAAGCGCAGAGCCGCCGAUUUGUGUAAUAUAACGGCCGCGGCAAAAAAUAUGCUUCGUUACUUAUAUAAAUUAUUAGACGUGACUUGCCAAGUAUGUUUCCAUUUAAAGCAGUGAAGAGAAAAAAAAUUAAGGAGAACUAAUAUGAAUAAUAAUAUCAAUAAUAAGUAGCUUAGAAGGUCGAAUAACGUGAAUAAAAAUAACAUUAAUAAGUAUCGAUUACCUACUCGAAGAAAAUAUAUUUAAAAAAAAGAAGAUGAAGCAAAAACAAAAAAAAAAAAAAACUGAAACAGAAACAGAAUAGGAUGUUGGAAGUAAAUGCGAAAA